AACUUUACACUGGCUGGGGAAUUAACUCAAGACAUAAAAAUUCCUCCAGAUAAAAGCGACAUCUCCACAACUGACACGCGCUCUUACUCUCACUCUAAGAGUACCGUUAAAAUUUCUUCCAGUGGAAACAGUCGAGUUUUUAAUCGUAAACUAUGCAAGUAUAUUCGUGCUAAGCAAGUUUGUCCGUUUGACGUUCGGUGUCAUUUCCGACAUGACGUCAUCGACGACAACCAAUCAGAUACUCCAAUUUUGACACACAGUAAUUUCAACGAACCCACGUCUAGUGGGUGUGGCCCCUCACCAGCAAGACCACACUCCCAUGAUGACCCCCCACAAAGACAGAAGAGACGACCACGUCCCAGGAAACCACGGCAACACUCUGGCCACCCUCCCUUAAAACCUACUCCAUUGCAAUCACAAGAUGCGAAAAUAUUGUCUACUUUAGAAGAAUUGCACGUGACAAAAGAAGCCCCAAUUUUGAAAGAAAAGCAAAAGCACACAUCUCAUUUGGAUGAACUGCAGUCCAAGCCAUUGUCUUCAUAUUCUCAGGACUGUAGAAGCAGAGGACCUUCCGAGCUCAGUCUAGGGUCCUUCCUCGCUCCCUCCCUCACUAGACCCCCAGUGCAGAGACCCAGACCCAAGAAGGCCACCAAAUCAUCAGCCCCUGAACUGAGAGAGGUUGAGCUGCAACAGCUGGAGGUGCGUUUCCCUGAUUGUGUGUUACUAGAGAAAGGUAGAGAACGGACUGUGUACGGCUUCUCCUAUCAGCCGGCACAUCCGGAAUGGGACUUCAGUUUUAAUUCGCUGACAUUUGAGGCCAGUUUUCCCGGGGACUACCCGCUAGCACCACUCGUUGCUCGCAUCUCCAAUCACAAGUCAAUCGCUCACGAAGCACUGGAGCACAUCAACCAUCGUCUGCAGUAUCACCUGACCACUGAAGGGUUCCAGUCAGGCACGCUCAUGUUUAGACCAUUCCUUCGUUGGCUGGAAAGAAAUAUUAUGGCCAUUUUAAAAGAAUUUAUUUCUCCUCUCAAAGAGCCACAAAAUAUCGAUAUUGAAGAUUGUGAAUUGCUCUCGGAAGGUACACAAGAAGGAGAAGAUGUUUCGGACGAGGAAGAAGUGAUUACAAGUGCCGUGACUACGGUUCCUAUUAAAGCUGGCACUGAAAUCCGAUUGGUUGGAUUGAGUCUGAGUCAGAGUGUUGCCACAGUUACCUUCACCACCCCCAAGAUCGUCGUGGCGUGUGGGCGGUGUAAACAUCAGGAAGACGUCAACGGAAAGUCUGAAAGUGCUGUGAAUGGCAGUUGCUCGAGAUGUCAGUGUGUGUUCACUCUAGUGUAUCACCCCACACUGGUACAUGCCUCCUCUCCCACCCUCGGCUAUAUGGACAUGGUCGACUGCUCUGUGGUGGACCUCGUCCUGUUGGACUGUGCACUGAGUAUAGUGUGCCUGGACUGUGGCCAUGACAACCAGACAAAGAGUAUGCUGUACGGACAGGCCAAAGACUUUUGGUGUCGCAAGUGUCACAGCAAAUUAAGCAUAGCAGCUGAACAGUGCCGAUUCAUCAAGCACCAGUCCGUCCCCAUAAAUGUAUCUGGAGAGGCUGCAGUGACUCGUGUGGUAAAGGCAGCUCGUAGUAAAGAUCCAGUCUUCAAGUUAGGCCACCCUUUACCAGACAGUGGCACUUGUGCCCACUACAAGAAGAGUCAUCGCUGGCUCAGGUUCCCGUGUUGUGGUAAGGUGUACCCGUGCGACGUGUGUCAUGAUCUGAGUGAGUCUCAUAUAAUGGAGAGGGCCAAGAGGAUGAUAUGCGGACUCUGCUCACUGGAACAAGUAUAUUCUUCGAGCAAGCCUUGUUCUGGUUGUGGAUCUGACAUGACUUCAUCCAACCGCACUGCGUACUGGGAGGGAGGGAAGGGCUGUCGAAGCACCGCAAAGAUGAACAGGCGUGACAAGCAUAAGUACAGCAACUCCUCUCAGAAAACAGCCUCCCAGAAAGCAAAGAGAGUCGGAAAGCAAGAGAAAGCAUGAACUUAAUUUGUAACUGAACGCGUGCAUGUUUAGGUACAAUACAGCUGUUGUUAAUUACGUCUUUAGUGUCAUAAUUUAUUAUAUAUUCCCUAUGGAGCUUAUAUGACACGAUGAUUACAAUAAUUAUUGUUUCAGUUUGUAAUAAACAGUUUCAGUUUCAGUUUCA